AACGCAGACACGCCCGUUAUAAACGUUCUUGAUGAAGCUACGCCAUACGUUGUUCGCAAAUAUAUUGAGCAUGUUCCUCUCUACGAAAGAACGAGUUGGAAUCUCGAUUUCACCUCAGUUUGCGACAAAGUUGCUGCCAUUGACUCUGACGUGUGCUUAGUGAACAGCGAUAAAGGUAAUGAAUAUCUGCAAUGGGAUCCAUGGGCUUGUGCGCUGAGCGGAUAUGCGGAGAGAAAACAUCUCAUUUCGAGGUGUCCUUCGGCCGUUGCUAAUGCUUGGCCUACACUCUUCAGCAGAUUGAUGGCCGUGAACGCUUAUGUAGAUCCAAGCAAUCCGCAAAAUGAAAAUCGAGCUUCUUUACUCCGUGGUAGCAAGAGCAAAGGAUCUUCGGUAUGUGGUGAGGCCCUCAGUCAAGAUGGAUGCCUUUCACUGUGGCAGAAGUACUUGGUGCUAUGCUGUGCCUUCGCACCAUCACCACACAAUCACAAUAGUCUGAUAUCGAGAAGCUUCAGCCCUACUUCGUCAAUGGAAGCGGAUGUGCUGAGAAGAAUUGGGUCCCUGAAUGCUGUGGCGUUUGAAACAUUCUUAGAAGACCUCAAUCAGCGAGGCAUAUUGAGGGACGCGAUGGAGAAAAAGAUGGAGACAAAUGUGCGACGGCGUAAACGAAAGGAUCUCCUGAGACUCCAAAUUAUUCGCAUCAUUGAGAUUGCAAUAUUUCGGGGGCUUCUGGACUCCACAUUGAUUGAUCUCAACGGUAAUUUGAGCCCUUUGAUUUUGGACUUCAUAGACGCCAUGAGAGCCAAUCUUGAGAGCGACCUGGAUCGUGACAUUGCAGUGGUGACAAUGAUGCGGCUUCAUUUUUCGAAGCUGAUUGUAGUUUUGAUUGACAAUGUUUCUCCUGAGAAUAGAGGUAACCUGAUUCCGGACGACAAGAAACAGAGCCUGUUCUACCUUUUCAUCGGAUGGUGCAGCCGUACAAUCGCAGCCGACAAGAAAAAUCGUGAAAAUGAUGUUGGGUCAUAUGUGGAACAAAAAGCAGCUUUGGCGAUGACUCGUUUGCUGAGUUGUGGGCGAAUAUUCGAAACACAGAAAUCCAUUGGUGAAGAUGGUUACCUUUAUGGUUGGCUGGAAAAGCUUGUGUCGAGUGCCAACGCAACGAUGCAAGGAGAGGUUGAAGAAAUGCUAGCUUGGAUGUUGGAGUUAAAUGAAUCCAGUCAUUUGUUGGACUGGCUGAUGUCGCAGUGCUAUUCACAACCGAGUGUUGUGGCGGCAAGAUGCUUUCGAGCUCUUGUCCGUGUUUUCUCGAAGCGUGAUUUCCCGUGUGAAUUCAUUUCUCUUUUCGUCCUUUGUCAAGCAAUGCUUGGUGACCCGGCUGUAACGGAUGCUGCUGUGCACAUGAUCGAAAUCCUCAAGAGGCAAUUCCUCGACAACAGCAUGGUGGUAUCGCCGCAAUUAGUACCGGCUUCUAAUAACGUCACACCAAACGUUCAACUAAGACCUACAGUUGUUCCCGACACUCAUACUCACUGUUUGCCGAUGGAUCAGCAAGCAGUGUGCCGGAAUCUCGCAAACUCUUAUCCACACCUUACCAUCACUAUAUUCAGCGAAGUUUCAAGUCGUCUAGAAGGGGCACGAAGUCAGAAUAGAACCUAUUUAAUAUCCCUACUGCAUGCGUGGGUGGAGAACAUCGAGCUCGUUGAUCCGAUGGCUGGCGAAGACGCAUGUGAAGGCCCUCGUGGAUGGGGAUCUGAGGAAGCUACCCAAUUGCUUCUGAACAAUCUCAUGUACCUGACGAUAUGUUUGGCUCCCGACCAUGAGCACGAAUUGGCUGACCUUUGGCGUGCACUUGCUCUAUCGUAUCCUGCAAAUUUGCCAGUGAUUCUCAACUAUCUCUACGUAGUGACGGUCCUCUCACAUGAGGCACUUUUACCUUAUGCGAAACGAGUAAGCGUCAUAUUAGCUGGUGUGGUGGGAAAUCGUAUUGCUGCUUUGUUACUGGAGCAGUUGUCCUCUUCUGUGGACAACGCUCGUCAUACUCUUGAAAGAUCUGAUAUACCUCCAUAUUACCGGUGGAAGGAUGACGCUGAAACAAAAAAGGAUUCUGUUGUGGAAGUUGUUUCACCGAUGCGAGAUUCUCCCAUGGGUGAUCGCUUUGCUGCUGCUUCCGAAGAUGCGAGCAAAGAGGGCGUUCGUCUCCUUCCGAUGCCUGCUUACGGGGGAUAUUAUUCAAGGCUUUGCACAUAUCUUCCACCGACAACCCAGCCUGUUCAGUUUUUCACC